AUUGGAAGAACCAAAUAAGUAUAUCUUGAGAAAUUGACAAAACCAAAAAAAAUUAUCCGAUUUCAUGCUACGUGGCAUAAACCCAUUGCACAUUCCUAAUUUCAUGGUCCUCCAGCUCAUGACCGUUGUUAUUUGUUAGAGAGAAGAGAAUUGAAGCAAUUCCCCGGGAGAUAGAGAAAAAGGGUGAAGGAGGAGGUAUCUUAGAAACCUCUUCCAUGGCUGCUAUUAGUUACUCCACUGUUUUUCCUUCUCGCAGUGAUUUUCGAGCAUCUUGCUUGGCAUUCCAGACUUGUGGUCGAUCAUGGGUACUUCCAAAUAGAUCGUUCCAUCGGAGGAGGAGACAUUUUGGAAUCAGAGCAGAAAUCGACUUUGUGAUUGCUGAUGAGGCUAAAAAGCUUGUAACAGAGGGGUUUGCAAUUGUGGAUGUACGAGACAUAAAGCAAUAUGAGCGCGCUCACGUCAAAUCAUGUUAUCAUAUCCCGCUAUUCAUUGAAAAUAAAGACAAUGACCCUGGCACAAUCAUUAAAAGGACUCUACACAACAAUUUUGCUGGUUUGUUUUUUGGUUUGCCUUUCACUAAACUAAACCCUGAUUUUGUAAAGUCUGUGAAGAGCCAGUUUUCACCUGAUAGCAAGCUAUUGAUUGUAUGUCAGGAAGGAUUAAGGUCUACAGCUGCUGCCAGACAGUUGGAACAAUCUGGCUUUAAAAAUAUAGCAUGCAUAACAUCUGGGCUUCAAUCAGUAAAACCAGGAACAUUCGAUUCUGUUGGUUCGACUGAGUUACAAGAUGCUGGUAAAGCUGGUCUGGUUACAAUUCAAGGAAAGAUUUCCACUGUACUUGGAACGAUUCUUGUUUGCGCACUUCUGUUCGUCACUUUCUUCCCUGAUCAGGCAGAAAAGUUGCUUCCCCCUGGAAACUAAACUAAAAUACUAUCUGUUUAAUUUUCUGUGGAAGGACAUGGGCUAAAACACAGAAGUUGAGAAGAGUUUGGUUGCUAUUUUUCUGUCAUUAGUGUUUUUUGCAAUCAUAAGUUUUGUAUGGAAAGUAUGAUGAAUAUCUUUAAGUAAUGUAAAAUCAAAAUGCAUAUUCUUUAAUAAUGUUAAGAAAAUCUAGAUAUAAUUCAUGCAUUUCUUGAACAACCUCAAGAAA